AUGACUUGCAUUUUUAUCUUCUCUGUUGCUUUCUUUUUAAGUUUCCAAUUGACUAUUGCUCAACGUUCAACUGGUUUGCAAACUUACCUUGUCCAUGUAAACAAGCCAACUGCACAAGUUCUUGCUAAUUCAGCUGAUCUAGAAGGCUACUAUAACUCCUUUUUACCGGAAGAGUUUGAAGGUUUGGAGGUGCCAUCGCGUAUUAUUCACUCCUAUCACCAUGUGGCGAUUGGCUUUGCGGCCAGAUUGUCAGCUGAGGAGGUAAAAGAAAUGGAAAAGAAAGAUGGUUUUGUGUCGGCGAGGGUUGAGAAGAUUUUGGCUUUGCAUACAACACAUACUCCAAAUUUCUUGGGGUUGUACCAGAAUAUGGGGUUUUGGCAAGAAUCAAAUUAUGGUAAGGGUGUGAUCAUUGGGGUUCUGGACACUGGAAUUACUCCAGGACAUCCAUCUUUUUGUGAUCAUAACAUGCCACCUCCACCGGCAAAAUGGAAAGGGAAAUGCGAGUUCACAGGAAAUGUGACUUGUAACAAGAAGCUCAUUGGUGCGAGGAAUUUUGUGAGUGGUUCAAGUGAUCCACCAUUUGAUGAGGAAGGUCAUGGCACGCAUACUUCAAGUACGGCAGCUGGUAACUUUGUUGAUAAUGCAAAUGUGUUUGGUAAUGCCAAUGGUACAGCAGCCGGUAUGGCACCUCUUGCCCACAUUGCCAUGUACAAGGUGUGUACAGAUGGUUGUUCAGAUGUUGAUAUUCUGGCUGCAUUGGAUGCUGCAAUAGACGAUGGUGUUGACGUGCUCUCUCUUUCCAUUGGUGGAUUUUCUGCUCCUUUUUAUGAUGAUAAUAUUGCCACUGGUGCUUUUGCUGCAAUCCAAAAGGGUAUCUUCGUGAGUGCUUCUGCCGGUAAUGAUGGUCCAUUAAAUUCUACACUAUCAAAUGAGGCCCCUUGGAUUCUCACAGUUGGCGCUAGCACUCAUGAUAGGAAAAUAGUGGCAACAGCUGUGCUAGGGAAUGGAAAAGAAUAUGACGGUGAAUCGGCUUUUCAGCCCACAGAUUUUCCUCAUACUUUAUUGCCCUUGGUAUACCCUGGCCUGUCCGAUCAAGAGGCUGCACUUUGUUCAUCAGGAUCACUAAAUAAUACUGAUGUCAAAGGCAAAGUUGUCGUGUGUGACAGAGGUGGCGGUGUAGCAAGACUCGAAAAAAGCCAAACUGUAAAGGAUGCUGGUGGUGCCGCUAUGAUUCUUGUCAAUCUAGAGAUUGACGGAGAUGGAACUUUUGCUGAUGCUCAUGUCCUUCCCGCGACACAUGUAAGUUAUAAUGCUGGAGAAAAGAUUAAAGCGUACAUUAACUCAACCUCCACACCUUCAGCAGGAAUUCGUUUCAAAGGCACAAGCAUCGGCUUUAAGAGUGCGCCGUCUGUGCCAUCUUUUUCCUCCAGGCGUCCUAACCUAGCAAGUCCGGGCAUUGUCAAACCCGACAUUAUUGGUCCUGGAGUGAACAUCCUUGCUGCAUGGCCCGUCUCUGUGGAGAACAAAACUGGCACUGAUUUGACAUUUAACAUAAUCUCCGGAACCUCUAUGUCCUGUCCUCACCUUGGUGGCAUUGCAGCUUUGCUUAAAAGUGCACAUCCUGAUUGGUCUCCAGCUGCUAUUAAAUCUGCAAUAAUGACCACAGCUGAUCAGUCCAAUCUUGAAGGUAAGCCCAUCCUUGAUCAGAGGGAUCUACCUGCUGAUAUUUUUGCCACUGGCGCCGGCCAUGUAAAUCCAUCAAAAGCAAGUAAUCCAGGACUUAUUUAUGACAUUCAAGUAGAGAACUACAUCCAAUAUCUGUGUGGUCUUGGCUACAAGGAAAAAGAUAUCGGGCUUAUUGUGCAACAAAGUGUCAAGUGCUCACUACAAUCAAGCAUAUCUGAGGCAGAACUGAACUAUCCUUCUUUCUCCAUUAUACUUGGACCUGAGACUCAGAAUUAUACAAGAACAGUUACAAAUGUAGGCGAUGCAAGCUCAACUUACGUUGUUAACAUCACUCAAAUUCAAGGACUUGAUAUAGCUGUCGAGCCUGCUACGCUUGUCUUCACCCAGGUGAACCAAAAGGCAACAUAUUCAGUAUCCUUUGCGCAAACAGGAAGAAUCAGCGACCGCUUUGUUCAAGGAGCUAUAUCAUGGAUCUCUAACAAAUAUGUUGUCAGAAGCCCAAUAUCUGUUAAAUUGGAAUAAAGGGGCUAUAAGGAGAUGCUCUGGAAGUGGACUUGUGAAAGCCAUUUCCCACACUAGCCAUCUUUAUGUUUGUUUCUGUAAUAAUAGAAGGUUGCAGCUUUUCUGAAUAGCUGAAAACUACAAAAAUCAUGUUUUCAGUGAGACUUCACUGUAUUUAAUAUGAUAUCCUUUGCAUUUCUUCAUAGAAUGGUUGAGGAGAUUCCAAUAAUUCUGUGUACCAAAGCAAUAAAACAGCCUUCAACUGAGGGAAAAAAACCAUGUAAAUUCGCUGUUAUAUACC